AUGAAUCAGUCUCGUCGUUUGAGGCUCGCUCUCGCCACACUCAUCCCUUUCCUAAUCGGGGCUAAUGCCGCGCUAUAUGACACCGUUGUAAAAACGCAGUAUGGUGGCGUUCAAGGCUACCCGGCCUUCACCAGCGAGCCCGUCGGCAACCUGACCCAUUGGAAGGACAUCACCGUGUGGAAGAACAUCCCCUUUGCCGCCACCACCGGGGGUCAGAAUCGUUGGAAGGCACCCCAGCCGGCAAGCCCAUGGAACGGCACCCUUGAUGCGAAGUCUUAUGGAAAUGUUUGCCCGUCAGCCACUGAGGGCAGCUCUGAGUAUACCAUCGACGAGGACUGCUUGAAUCUCAACAUCUGGAGUCCCGCCAACUCCACGGACGCAAAGCUCCCGGUUGUGAUGUGGAGCUACCCCGCCCUAUCGACGGCUGCUGAUGCCCUGUUUGACGGGGGUGGCAUGGCAGACCAGGGUAUUGUCUACCUUGCACACCCGGAGCUGUCGGAGGAGUUCUAUAAGGUGACGGGAUCCAACAGCUCCGGCAACUGGGGCAUGCUCGACCAAUUUGCAGCGCUCAAAUGGAUCCACGAGAACAUCGCCGCGUUUGGCGGUGAUCCUGAGCAUAUCACGGUCAUGGGCCAGUCCGCUGGGUCAGCUGCUACCCAGCACAUCCUCAACAGCCCAUUGACCAAGGGCAUGAUUGUCGGCGCCAUCAUUGAAAGCGGAGUUCGGGAUCCGCACGACCCCCUCUGCACCAGUCUGGCAGAAGGUUACAGCACAUUGGAGGAUCAGCUGGCCCAGGGUGAACGCUUUAUGGCCAGCGUGAACUGCAGCUCCAUCGCCGAGAUGCGCGAAUUGCCGAUGGAGGAUCUCGUCGUGUCGGGCGGAACAUUUGGCAGCAGCAGCGAAUGGAGCUUUGGCGCCACUUUGGACUACUAUGCCAUGCCGGACACCUACUACACACUUAUCAAGGGUCUGGCGCAGGAUGUGCCCAUCAUUACAGGUAAUACUAAGGAUGAAAGCGGGGCUAGCUAUGGCCUGAACCUCACGGUAUCUGAGUACCUGGCAGACAUGAAUGAGACGUCCAGCGAGCCAUGGCUCUCCCGCUUCCUGGAGCAGUACCCCGGAAACACAACGCGAACAGCCCCGGGAGCCUACAACUCUCAGUGGACCGACCGGUCCAAGGUGGGCACUUGGCUGUGGGCGCAACUCUGGGCGACCGCGAGGACUAGUCCUGUAUAUACCUACUUCUGGGACCACGCUCCGCCGGGCCAGGACCAGGGAGCGUACCACGAAUCUGAGAUCAACUACGUUCUAAACAAUCUGUACGGCACGGACAAGCCGUGGACGCCUGCAGGCUAUUCUAUUGCACGGAAAAUGAAUGGAUACUGGGCCAACUUUAUCAAGACAGGCAAUCCCAAUGGAGGAUUCCUGGCCCAGUGGCCAGCCACGGGAGAGAACGCGACAGUGCAGCAUGUGGGCGAUGGAUGGGGUGGAAUUCCGACCGCAUCAGAUGCCAAGGUUAAGCUGUUUGAGGAUUGGUUUGAGACACUGAAGACAUACUGA